AUGUCGGGCAAAGAUGACACCAUGUGUGCGAAAGAAUGGGCACAGGACAAGUUGUCGCAGAUGACUUUGGAAGAAAAGGUUCUGUUACUCUGUGGACAAGAUCUCUGGAGAACGAACCCGAUUCCUCGUUUAGGUGUUUCCAGGAUCAAGACGUCGGAUGGACCUGUGGGUGUUCGUGGCGGGAUUUUCACAGAUGGAGUGAGCGCAGCCUCACUACCAACGGGUGUAUCCUUGGCUGCUACUUGGGAUAAAACCGUCAUGAGAGAUGUUUGUCAGGUGUUGAUCGCGGAAGCCAAGAGUAAAGAAGCUGAUGUCCUUCUCGGUCCUACAGUUUGCAUUCCCAGAACUCCUCUCGGUGGUCGCAAUUUCGAAGCCUAUAGCGAAGACCCCUUUCUAACGGGCAAGCUCGCCGGAGAGUUCAUCAAUUCGAUUCAAGGCGCAGGCAUCGGAGCAUGCAUUAAGCACUUUGUUGCCAACGAUCAAGAGACAAGACGCUUCUUCAUUGAUGAAAAGAUCCCUGAUCGAGCCCUUCGCGAAAUCGCCCUCCAGCCUUUCCAGAUUGCCAUUCGGGACAGUGACCCAUGGACCUUGAUGACGGCGUAUAACAAAGUGAACGGAACAUUUUGCUCGGCCCAUGAGUUCCUAUUGCAAAAGGUCCUCCGAGAUGAGUGGAAAUGGGAUGGUCUUGUGAUGAGUGAUUGGUUCGGCACAAACAGUGUUGUUCCUUCGCUCAAAGCUGGCAUGGAUCUCGAAAUGCCAGGUCCUAUUAGGAGGAGAGGUCAGCACCUGAUAAACGCUCAUCGGCAAGGUCUCGUGGACUUGUCGUUCAUCGACACCUCAGCCUUACGGGUGUUGGAGCUGGUACACAAGACGGGUAAAAGCGAUAUUCCUGACUGGCAAGAAGGGCCAGAAAAGGCUGUUGACCUCCCUGAGCACCGCGCGAUUCUUCGUCGGGCGGGUGGCGAUGGAAUCGUUUUACUCAAGAACUCGGCCAACAUCCUCCCUCUUUCUGAAUUGAAUGGGAAGAAAAUUGCAGUGCUUGGUCCCAACGCUAAUCGAUCCAUCGCCACUGGUGGUGGUAGUUCAAACCUUGCUCCUCAUUAUAGAACAACUCCAUAUGAUUCUCUGAAGACGGAAAUCACGUCUAAGUUCCCUACUGCCAAGAUCCAAACGCAUGCGGGUAUCAUGACACAUCGCUAUCUUCCUCUUGUCGAUCCAGACGUCAUGAAAAAUCCAGAAACUGGCAAAAGUGGCGUUGCAUUGUAUCUCUGGAGGAACUUGACACACGAAGGCGAGCCUUUCCAAAUUGAGAAUCGUCCAAGUUCAAACUUGGUUUGCUACGAUGGACUCCCCCCUGAGUUGACCACUGGGGAGAGGUAUUCCUACCGAGCUCGAACAACCAUCAUUCCGAAAACAACAGGCGAGCAUGUCUUUUCUCUUUCCUCUUGCGGUCCAGGCAAACUCUUCCUAGACGGGAAAGUCCUCGUUGAUAUUGAGCGACAUUGGUGGUCUCCCAAGUCUGCACUCUUCAUGAGCUACGGAUCCCCUGAAGAGCUCGUCCGAGUGCACAUGAAGGCAGGUCAAGAGUACGAGCUCUUGCUGGAGUCCAUCAGUCGCGAGCACAAGCCAUCCGAGCUGGACUACAUGUCCGCCGAGCUGGAGCGCGAAGAGGUGCAAGAUGGCGGGCGAAUUGGGUUCCUUGAGAACCCCGGCAACCUGGAUGCAUUUUUCCAGGAGGGUGUUGAAAUAGCUCGCGACAGCGACAUUGCGAUUAUCGUGGUUGGCAAGGACCAGGAUUGGGAGACUGAAACAAGCGAUAUGGUCUCGAUGGACUUGCCCGGACGAUCGAACGAUUUCAUUGCCGCCGUCGCCAAAGUGAACCCCAACACCAUUGUUGUCAAUCAAACUGGCAGUCCAAUUACCAUGCCCUGGAUAGAGCAAGUUCCCGUCAUUGUGCAGGCAUGGUACCAAGGACAGGAACAGGGAAAUUGUCUCGCGGAUGUAAUUCUGGGAGCCGUGAACCCAAGCGGCAAACUGCCCAUCACUUUCCCCACAAGAAUAGAAGACUCGCCUUCGUUUGAUAACUAUCCUGGAGACAACGAUGUGGUUCACUAUGGAGAAGGGAUUUACGCAGGCUAUCGAUUCUAUGAUCACCGCAAGAUCGAGCCUCUGUUCCCCUUCGGCCUGGGUCUGUCGUAUACGACCUUUGAGUAUGGCAAUAUUCGCCUCAACUCUGACAAGAUAUCCGGAGACGGACAGAUCGAAGUCCAGGUGGACGUUACUAAUACUGGACUACGGGAAGGAAAAGAAGUUGUGCAGUUUUAUGUCAGUCAGGUCAACCCCAGGUUAAGCCGACCUCCUAAAGAGCUGAAGGGAUGGGACAAGGUCCUUGUGCAACCUGGUGAGACUGUCACGGCUCGCGCAGUUCUGGACAAGAUCAGCGUGUCAUACUGGGAUGACAGCGUGAACAAGUGGGUGAUGGAGGGAAAUGCAGAAUUCUGUGUUGCGGCUGCCAAGCAUUCGAGAGAUGACGGUGUUGUGGCAACGUUCCGUUCUGGAAGCGAGUAUCAAUGGGCGAACUAG